CAACGAUGUUAACGCCAGUACUUGCUUUGGUUACAAAUGUGAUUCGUUGAGGGAAACUGAUAACGAAUUUUAUUUGAGAGGCCUUGAGGGAAGCUACAACAUGGGAUUUUGGAGGCAUGUGAAAAUUUCUUUACUGAGGAUCUUCCCUUGGAUGUCAAAGGUGAUUAGGGUUACCAAAUUUGGAGAAGAUGUCACCAAUUUCUUCAGGGGAGUUAUAAAGGAGAAUGUUGAAUACCGUGAAAAGAAUAAUUUAAGAAGGCCAGAUAUGAUAACGUUAUUGAUGGAGGCUAGAAACGAACUGGAAAACAAUUUUGAUAAGGAAGCUAACGUAGACUCUUCCUUUUCCAUAAACGAAGUUGACUCUGGUUAUGCGAGAAAAAAGAUAGAUUUAUCUGUUGACGACAUAGCAGCCAACGCGUUAGUUUUUUUCUUUGCAGGGUUUUCAACCACGACUUCCCUUCUUAGUUUCAUGACCUACGAGUUAGCUGUAAAUCCCGAUAUUCAGAAGAUACUGUUGGAGGAAGUCGACAGUUUCAAGAAGAACAAGAAAAAAUUGAGUUAUGAGGAUCUCUCGGAGUUUUCUUAUCUGCAUAUGGUUAUUUCAGAAACAUUGAGAAAAUACCCUCCCUUCUGCAGGACCGACAGACAGUGCACCAAAUCGUUCAUGAUACAACCACAGAUGGAUUCUGAGCAGGUUUUCAUCAUAGAGUCUGGCUCCAGCGUUUGGAUACCAAUUUAUGCUCUACAUCACGACGAAAAAUAUUGGCCAGAUCCAGAAAAAUUCCAACCUGAACGGUUUUCACCUCUGAAUAAACAAAAUAUUAAACCUGGCACCUACCUCCCUUUUGGAAUUGGACCAAGAGGUUGCUUGGGCUAUAGAUUCGUACUCCAAACUGUGAAAAUCAUAUUUUAUGAGCUUUUGAGUCGUUUCGAGAUCAUUCCUCUGGAUAAGACGGCCAUACCCUGUAGACUUAGCAAAAAUACUUCGCAUAUCAUACCUGGUAGUGGAUUUUGGUUCGGUUUCAAAAGAAGAAGAAAUUGACGAACUAAAA